CGCGCCGCUUGGGACCCGGCGCGGCUCGCGCCGCAGCGGGAGCGGAGCCGCAGCCCGCCGCCGCCUCCUUCCGCUGGCCCCGCCGCCGGCCAUGCAUUCUUCCGGCUCCUCUAGCUCCCGCAGCCCCGGCCCGGGCUGGGCCAGCCCGAGGCAACCGCGAGGGGAGUAGGGCGCCCGUGCGCUCGCUCGCGCCGCGCCUCGCGCCGCCGCCGCCGCGUCCAUGACCGCGACCCCUUGGCCGGGGACACCCGCCGCCGCCGCCGCCGCCCCGCCCCGCGCUCCGGACCUCGGGUCCGCGACUUCGCUCGUCCCCGCGCUCUGCCGCCACUCGCCGUCCGCGCCGGCUGAGACAGGCAGGACGGACUCUCAGGUGACAAUGGCUGUGACUGUGGAAGAGACUCCCUGGUUGGGCUGGAUCUUGGUGAAAGCUCUGAUGAGGUUUGCCUUCAUGGUGGCCAACAACCUAGUCGCCAUUCCUUCCUACAUCUGCUAUGUGAUUAUCCUGCAGCCCCUGCGAGUGCUGGACAGUAAGCAGUUCUGGUAUAUUGAAGGAAUCAUGUACAAAUGGCUCUUAGGAAUGGUGGCCUCGUGGGGAUGGUAUGCUGGAUACACAGUGAUGGAAUGGGGGGAGGACAUUAAAGCAAUUUCAAAAGAUGAAGCAGUGAUGUUGGUGAAUCAUCAAGCAACAGGAGAUGUGUGCACGCUGAUGAUGUGCCUGCAGGACAAAGGCCUGGUUGUUGCUCAAAUGAUGUGGUUGAUGGAUCAUAUUUUUAAAUAUACGAACUUUGGAAUUGUUUCUCUGAUUCAUGGAGACUUCUUUAUAAGACAGGGAAGAUCUUAUCGGGACCAACAGCUGCUGCUUCUCAAGAAGCACCUAGAGAAGAACUACAGGAGCAGAGACCGGAAAUGGAUCGUUUUGUUUCCAGAAGGAGGCUUCCUCAGGAAGAGGCGAGAAACAAGCCAGGCAUUUGCCAAAAAGAACAACUUGCCAUUUCUUACUCAUGUCACUCUGCCAAGGGUUGGUGCAACAAAGAUUAUUCUGAGUGCACUGGUAGCACGGCAGGAAAAUGGAAGCCCAGCAGGAGGAGAUGCUAAGGAAUUAGAGAGCAAAUCAAAAGGCCUCCAGUGGAUAAUAGAUACAACGAUAGCUUACCCCAAAGCUGAGCCUAUAGAUAUUCAAACCUGGAUUCUGGGCUACAGGAAGCCAACAGUCACUCAUGUACAUUACAGGAUCUUUCCGGUUAAAGACGUACCCCUGGAGACUGAUGACAGCCUCGCUGAUUGGCUUUACCAGCGGUUUAUUGAGAAAGAAGACCUCUUGUCACAUUUUUAUGAAACAGGAGCUUUCCCACCUCCCAAGGGCCAGAAGGAGGCUGUUUCCAGGGAGAUGACCCUCAGCAACAUGUGGAUAUUUCUCAUACAAUCUUUUGCAUUUUUGUCAGGCUAUAUGUGGUACAACAUUAUUCAGUAUUUUUACCAUUGCCUGUUUUAGGAAUUGACUUGGACUUGUCAAGGUCACCAUAGGAGUUCGGACUUUCAUAAGUGUGUGUUAUUUUACACGUGGAAAUCAGGAUUUAUACACACACACACAGAUAUAUAUAUAUAUAUAAAGCAAAGGAAAUUCAUUGGAUGGAUUAAUAUUUAUCCCCCUUUGGGAUAUUUUAAGACUCUGCUAAAUAAGGAUCAGUAAUAUAAUGACCUGCUAAUAUAUUUUAAGAACUUUUCAUGUUUUAAAAAGAUACACUGUAUCACAUAUUUAAGCAAACAUCACAUUUGAAGAAGAGGAAAUCAUAAAACUAUCCCAGCAGACUUUCUGAGAGAAAUUCUGUUGCCACCAGACAUACCUGAUUACUUAGUUCAAGUUCACAAGGUUGUAUUCAUCCCCUGUAGCUGGGAGUCUGUGUUACGGCAGUGUCCGGGCAUCCUCAUUGGUGCCUACUUGUGGUCUGUGGCUGGUAACCUGAGGGGAGCUGGUGACCACCCUCCAAAGGACAACUGCAUCCUCAGCCACUGAUGAGAUACAGUGGCAACAGGGUUCUCUGCUGGAGAGGCUGUGGCCACUGAAUACCUCCUGGUACUAGACCCUGUCCUUAGCCCAUACCUUGUUUACAUGUGCUGGUGCUUCCCCUUGGCGGGAGGACACGCCCACUUCUCCUUUUGUGUAGAAGGCAUAUCACAGAUGGAUCAUUGUCUUUUACAAAAUGCACUUUUCUCAGAUGUCCAUACAGCAGAAGGGUAGAGAUGAGUGUGCCGUGAGGAGGGUGUGGGCCCGCAGUGCUCUCCAGCACCUCGCCUCAGGUGCCCCCGACCUGAAGCCUGGUGGGUAGCUCAGAGGCUUGCUUCCUCUUUCCUCUGUGAAAUGUGAGUGCCAAAUACAUCUUGGCACAGUGAAAACAAGCUGAUGUAUGGCAUUCCAAUGGUCAGUUUAAGAGGAAGCAGGCUCAGUUCUUGAUAAAAUGAGAGCUGGAACCAGACAUUGGCUUAGAAUGGUGACAGGUUGGCCCACAGCUCCCUGAAAACUGGGGCAGUGUGUCCCCAUCAUCUGUCAAGGAGCUGCCCCUUAUGGAGGAGGGGGUGCCUUGGGGAGGCUUCCUAGUCUCUGCCACUUGCUUUUGAGGAGGGGAAAGUGGCAAGCCUCACUCUAGGAAAACUUGUCUGUGAUCUGUUUCCGUGUUCCUGUGAUCACCUCCCAGGAGGACCACACUCUGCUCUAGAAGUGCUGGCGCUGCCCCAGGGUUGAGGUGAUGCCUUCUGGCUGGGGACCGGAGGCCUAAGGAGAGCCCAGUGAAUCAGCAGUAGUUGUCCGUGACUCGAGCAUCCUCGCUUCCCCUGUUGGCACUAACCACACAGAUAGCAAUUCUGAGAAAUAGGCUCUACAUCAAAACUAAAAGCUGGUGUUUUCUAUUUUUUGAAUAUACCAAAAAAAAAAAGUGCAGAAUGGAAAAGAAGUGAAUUUUCCUCCAGUUACGUAGGGAAGGUAAAGCAACACCAAAUAAAAGUCCAUAGCAGCUUCCUCUUUGGAGGCACUCAGUGCUGUGUGAAGAAGAAUGAUGUGCUAA